UAUUUUUCUGUAAUAUACAAGCAGUUCGACUGUUUCUACUAAUUUGUGACUCGUCUGGCUUGUUGGUGGUCGCGAAUUCGAUUCUCUGGCAAUAAUGAAGGUUUUCGGUUAUCUGCUUUUCCUGGCCCUGGCUGCUCUGGCGACGAUGACAGCUGCAUAUGAAGACGAAGACCCAGAAGAAGCUGCCUGCAAGCUGGAUUGCUUUUCCCGCCUGCCCCAUGAGCCGGUUUGCGGCACAGGGGAUGCGACUUUUUACAACGAAUGCGUGAUGAAAUGCGAGAAAGCCACGCUUAUACACGCAGGUGCAUGCAAACUGGAAGACCUCAUGAACAACCACGGCAUCAGUAACUAAAUAAACCACAAUUUUACUAUUUCGGCACUUUCUCAAUACUACGAACUUUAUAAGUUACUUACAAAAUUGUAAAUUAAUACGCACUUAAUUAGAAGUAGAGAUUCAUUUUAACCGUCUACAAAUUAGUUGUUAAUUUGAUUUAAAAACUAAAAUCCAAAUUCUAGAAAAAUAUAGGAAACUUUAGUCAA